AUGUCAGACCGACUGAAAGUCUUUUCCUCACAACAGGUUCCUCAGCCAUCAACAUCAGAGGCAGCGAAGUCUGACUCAGAAAGGUCGUCUCUCGAUGAAGCAGUGUACGGAUGCGCCUGCGGUACGCCUGACGCAUCUGUAAACUGGAUCUGUUGUGACAAUGACGACUGCCCGGUCGACCAAAGGCGCGGAACUGGGGAAAGCGUGUUUGCAGCUCAGAGAGCGGUUAAUGUUGCCGACGGCAGGCGGACGAAGGCUCGUGCGACUCAGCCGAUGGAGAGGCCGACAAGGUCGCGAACGCUCGGAGGGACCUCAAAGCAAGCAGCUAAGGGGAAAAAAGGGGCGAGGAAAGAGUCAAAAGAGGAAAAACCGGACGAGGAGGACCGCACGCAGACAGCUGUACCUAAAAAUCAGCACGAAUACCUGGAGCCAGUCCCUCGCCUACCGAAACGAACACCCACGAAUGCCGUCGGCGCGUCAAUUCCCCCUCCCGACGUCUCUGCUGAAGCAACGAACCCGACCACACCAGCACUCAGCGCCCAGGCCACGCACUCUCCGCCGAGUGGGCUACCGGAUCCAAGCGAGGACAGCACGUUCGCAAUCACCGUGCGCCGUCCCAGCGAGGUACCUUCGGUGCCUCCUGCGAGCGGGGCGGCCAUGGUCAUCGACACGGAGGAGCAAGGAUGGACGCCCCUUGUCACGUCAGUGGCUCCCGACGGCGGCAGCUCCGUGGACUACUGGUCCUACCGCACGAACACGUGGUGCACGAUCCCGCUCUCUGCGAUUCGGAGCACGCUUCCGCGCCUUCUCUGA